AUGUCCAAUAAAACAGCCGAACAAUAUCGUCAAGAGGGCAAUCAACAUGCCAAACACAACCGAUUACAAGAUGCUCUCCACAGCUACUCGAAGGCAAUUCUGCAUAAUCCCAACGAUUACAUCACCUAUUCAAAUAGAGCUAAAAUUUAUCUCGAUUUGGGACAAUACGAGAAUGCAUUGAAUGAUAGUGAGUGUAGUAUUGCUCGGGAUGGGACCUUCUGGAAGGGCUAUCAUCGAAAGGCAACCAGUUUGAUGAUGCUCAAGAGAUUGGACGAAGCCAUGGAAGUUUGCUCGAAUGCAUUAGUUAAUUUGCCAUCAGGAGAAGGAUUGGAAGCAAUGAAUAAAUUAAAAGAACAAAUUGAAAAAAGAAGGAUGUCAUCGGAAGAGAAGAACAAUAAGGAAAGCAAGUUGGAUCAGGUUAGGUUAUCGAGGAUUGAAUUGAAGGAAAGAAUUUUAGGAGUGAAAUUGAAUGCCUUCUUCAAGUCAAUUGUGGAGAAUGAUUGCACAGCUUUGAAGAAACUAUUGGAUGCAGGACAAGAUGUUAAUGAGAAGAUGAAGGUAAAUUUACAAUUUACCAGUAGUGCAGAUGGAUUACUCGCUGCACUGGCAACAGAGAGUAAGGAAGCUUUUGAAUUGUUACUCAAUUCAGGAUGCACAUAUGAUAAGAAAUCAGAUUUACCAUUCAAAUAUAACAUUUUCCACAUUGUCUGUACCACUGGAAAUGCAGAUUUCUUGUCAGUAUUAUUGGAUAAAUUGGAAAUAGAUUGUGAAUCAUCCUCCACUAAGGAAAAGACCGUCCAAUUUAUUACAACCACUUUCUUUUCACUGGAAGCUCCAUGUUAUUCACCACUUUUGGUUGCCAUUUUCACAGACUCUGUCGAAUGUAUCAAACUUAUUUAUGAUUCUCACUUGGUAAAGAGUGGAAUUAUUGAUAGGGAGAAAUUAUCAAAACUCCAAGUUAGUGGACAAACCUUGUUGCAUUUGAUUGCUGACAGAGGAUCUUGCAAGACAUUACGUUUUAUUAUUGAAAAUGGAAUAGUUAAAUAUCUGGAUGUUAAUGGUCAGGACAAUGUUGGUGAUACUCCUCUCCAUUCAGCAGCAUUGGGAAAUAGAUUAGCAUCAAUAGACAUGGGAAGUCACAAAAUUAGUAAUCCAAUUUUGUGUGACCACUCAUCAGAUUCGUGUGUCCAUUCACAAGUUAUUGAUGUACUUGCUUCAGAGCUUGGAGCCGAUCUUUUCAUUCAAAACAAAGAGAAGAGAACACCAUUAGCUCAGUCCAUCUUUUAUGGGCAUCAUCAGUGUACACAAACACUUAUAGAAGUUGGUUCACUCUCAAAGAGUCAACAUUCCCACGAAGAAUGCUACACUCUAACUGGACUGGCCUGCCUGAGAGGACACUCAAAGUGUUUACAAAUUCUAUUGGAUAAUAAUGUUAAAGCUGCCAAUGACUCUUUACACAAUGCUAUUGUUGACGGUUUUUACAAUUGUUGUAAAAUUUUAUUGGAUAGAAAUGCUAUCAGUGACAUCAAUUUUGCUUGGUCCUUUGAUAAUAAGGAUCCUAAAAACACACCAUUGACACUUGCAUGUCUUGUAGGAAAUUUGGACAUUGUCAAGCUAUUGCUGAGCUAUAAAAAGCAAUCUAUCAAUGUGAAUGUAGCUCCACCAAAAGUCACCCUUCCAUUACAUAUUGCAUGUUUGUCAAAUCGUCAUGCAGUGGUAUCCCAUUUAUUGAGUAUUGGAGCAGAUCCUCUAUUGAUUGACUGUGAAGGAAAUAGUGUCCUCACAGCAGCAGCUUAUAAAGCAGACGGUAAAUUAUUUGAUAUUAUCUUCCCAUAUUUGGGAGCUUUGGCUAAAAAGAGUAAUGAACAUAAGGUAAAGGUACUACAAUUAAUGAUGCACAAGACCAGAAAAGAGAACAUGACUUGUAUUGAGAUUGCAGCCCACGCCUCAAAUUUGGAUGCCUUUGAUGCAUUGUUGAGACAUUUCGAAAGUUAUGGCAUAAUGAUUAAAGAUGUUGAGAAAUUGAGAAAAAAAAUUGAAGAGCAUUCAAAGAAGAAACAACAAUCUACACAAUUACCAAACUCUCAAAAAGAAGAUCCUUCACUUUCUGUUGAAAGCCCAGUACCUUCCAAAAAUAUCAAAAAUACAAUUUGGGAAGACCUUUCUGAAAGCGCUUUCCAACAAAAAAUGAAAGAAUUAUUAGAAAAGGUAACUUUAUACAUUGGUAGUGAGGUUCCUCAAGAUUUGGUAGAUAUUUUGGAUGAAUUCAUGAUUGAUAACAAUGCUCUCACUAGACUCUGUAAGAAUAAUUUGGAAAUGGGGUGGUAUGAUUUGCUAUUCAAACCGAAUUUGAAAGAGCAACCUCAACUCAUCAUUAUUUCAAUGGUUUCAAAUAUUUUCAUAUUCAUGAACGAGAGCAAAAAAUCCAAAAUCAAAAACUCCAAGCAAAGCCAAAACUACUUUGCUAAAUUAUUGUUUUCGAAGGAGAGAAUGAAUAAUUUAAAGAUAUUGGCAGCUGCUUUCUAUUGCUUUAGACAUUUAUACAUUGGUACAGUAGUGGAUACUGCUGCGAAAUUGCCAGGUGGAAGUCUUGGUGCCCUUAGAAAUAAUGGCCUAAUUCUACUUCUUAAUGGCAAUGAAAAAGAGCAAGUUGCUGGUGCCACCAUAUUGCAAGAUAUUACUGUUAAAUUGACUGGCAGAAUUGAUUUAAUAUAUCAUCAUCAUUCCAGAAUCAAGAGCAUUGAUGGAUUUAAAAUUAUUGUCUCACUGCUCAAUAAGCACUUGGACUCGGGACUCAAAUUAAUUAUUGCCAAUGGAGCUGAAGUAAUGUUGAGUGCUCUUGGAGCAGCUGCUUGGGACUUCCCAAAGGACAUACUAGAGAGUGGAGCCAUUGAAGUGGCAGAAAAGUACAUUGACAAUUUGGAAUACAUUGAUACAGCCACUGCUGAAAAUGCACUCUCAAUCUUUUUCGGAAUUUUACAAAAUGUAAAUCCCAGCACAAAAAGGAAUAUUGAAAGAAAGUACAAAUUAUCUGGAAAGCUCUUGAAUUUAUUGAAAGAUUUAUCACGUGGAGCAAAUUUCUCCAAUUAUUUAAUUCGUUCAUUGGCCUUAUUGCUUAAUUUCAAGACAAUGCCACAAUCUGAGAAGGAGAAUACCAUUUUACUGACCGUUCGAUCCAUGCAGCACUUCAUGCCACCAGGAACUAAGACUUUCAACGAAGACCAAGUAGCUCUCGGUAGACAUGCCUCUGUUGUUCUCGGCACUGCUUGCAGUAAUGAUAGCCGGAGCACUACAUUCUUAUUGGAUAAUACUGAUAAGGGUCUCGCAUAUUACAUUUCCCUCUUCCUUAAGGCACCAAUAAGAUUACAAAGUAACUUGGUUUCUGUUAUCAUUGUAUCAAUGUCUCACACUGAUUUCCCUAAUCUACUUGACAAGUAUGAUUCUAAUUCAGAAUAUGUUCUAUUUAUGAAUUGGGUCCAAAAAAAUGCCCUAUCAAACGAUCAACAGAAACAGUAUAUCUGUAUGAUGGUUCUUCAAAUAAUUGGAGCAUUACACGAGGGUAGAAUUCCAAAUGUUGAUUUUGAAAGUGAAACUGAAGAGAAAGGAAAAGGUUUCCAAGGACCUCAUCAACCAUCAUGUGCAUUCUGUGCUAAUCAACCUUGUAAAUCAAAGUGUGGAGAGUGUAAACAAACUCCUUAUUGUAGUAGGGAAUGCCAACUAGCAGAUUGGAAUUUCCACAAAUUUGUUUGUAAAAAACCUUCAUCAAAUUAA